UAAAGGGUCCGUCGUGCAUCCGCCGGGUCAUAUCCGUUCUCAGCACAUAUCACUACAGUCACCUUCAUGCCCAACCAGUUUUUUCCACUGAUAUGUAAAUGUGAUUAAAGUUAGAAGAGAUUUCAAUGAGACAUUUCGGGAAGAGUGAUGUCUCGACUGGCCAAGAAAUCACAAGCUGUUUGCACGGACCUGCCUUUGGAAACUAAUGACAUCUUGGACAAAGUUCAUCUUCUGGGUCAGCUUUUUAGAUCUUGUUUUGGUCCUUCGGGGAGACUAAAACACGUCCACAACAACAUCGGAGGGCAAGUUGUGACCACGUCAACGUCAUCACUUCUACUUGCAUCCAUUUCCUCAUCACAACCGCUCCUAAAUCUCAUUUUAGCCUCCGUUCGCAAUCACGUCUGUCGUUUCAGUGACUGCGGCUUGUUCGCAGCCAUAGUUUGUGUGGCUCUUAUUGAAGGAGUCAAACAGCUUGACCUUAAAGGAAAGGUGACCACCGGUGUGUACAAACACCUGUUGGGUCUGUGCAUUAGUUACCUCCAACAAGAAGACUGUGGCUGUAAAGUGAGGCUCGAUUUUUGCAGCAGCGAUGACUUGAUCACGUUGGCUCGCAGUGUUCUCUGCAGCAAACCAGCCUGCAGGCUAACAGAGCACGAAGCUCUUCACAUCAGCAGGUUAGCUGUGCAAGCAUUUUUACUCACAGUACCUUCCCACAGCAAUGGCGUAGUAACUCUAGGCACGACCCUGAUUGUGCCCAUUGAUGGCCUUCCUGUGAUGGACUCUGCAGUGUUUCCAGGCAUAUUAGUAGACAUGCCGAAUGGCUAUGAGUACUCAGAAAUGAGGACUCCCCCCGCUAUUCCCCUGCGAAUGGUAUUGUUCAGUACAUCCCUAGCUGGAGAUCUUUCCGAACUAGGAGAUGGAACAAUUGAGGUGCACCGCGGUGCAGACAUGGACUCUGACAUCCUGAAUCAGCUCCUUGGGAUUGGCAAACGGGCAGUGGAAGAUGGUGUUAAGAUAUUCAUGUGCCAGAAGGUUAUCCACCCGGUCUUGCAGCAAUACCUAAGGAGUCACGGCAUCAUAGCCAUAGAGCGAGUGGGGAUUAAUCUCAUGCAGCCUCUUACGCAACUCACAGGGUCCCAACCAGUGGCAACGUUGCACACGAUAAUCCCUCCUCAAGCCUAUGGAAAGGUGGGGAUUACCACUUCUAGACAGUUUGGAUCCAAGACAAUGCUGCAUUUAUACCCGUCUGAGGAGUCGGUGAUCUGCACCACAGUCCUCUGUCACAGGAACGAGACCAUGUUAAAUGAAUUGAAGGUGGCGUGCCAGAAGACGGAGCAUGUUUUGCGGCUCGCCCUGAAGGAACCGUUUGCUUUGCUCGGAGGUGGGUGCACAGAGACCCACUUAGCUGCGUACAUCAGACAACAGUGUGAUGCAGCUGGAAGUGCAUCAAUGCUCGGCUGCUCACAGGCAGAAUACCUGCUUGGAGUGGAGGCGUUCUGCAGCUCUCUCGAUUCGGCGGCUGCAUCGCUACAGCACGACAGUGAGAGUUCUCUCAUUGAUCUGACUUGCGCUCACCAUUGGACUCUCCCAGAGGACGCAGAGGCUUGCUUCAGCAGCUGUGGCUGCGGACUGAUGAAAAGUGACCAAAGUCCAACGUGGAGCCACUUGAACACUAAAUACCCAGUGUUCUCCCCGGGGUCAGUGUCUGGAGGCGAUAAGGUGAAGCCAUGCUUGCUCGACUCUUUCACAGCAAAGCUCAACGCUUUACAAGUUGCAGUAGAAACCGCAAAUGUUGCCCUCGAUGUGCGAUAUAUAAUACAAGAUAUGAACUAACUCAAAAAGGGCAAGAGCGGUUUGCGACAAGCAUAUUGUGGUGAUAUUAUGAGUUUUUCUACAUUUAAAACAGUUCAUUGUGGUCUACAUAACAUGCAAUGUUGGUGCUUUAGUCCAAAUGUUGCAUAGAUUGUUUUACAGACCGUUUUCAAGGCGCUUUACAAGUUGCGGUAGAAACCGCAAACGUUGCCCUCGAUGUGCGAUAUAUAAUACAAGAUAUGAAUAGGGAUGAUGUUCGAAACUGGUUCUCCCGAUUGUUCGAUAAGAAAAGAACCGAUUCCAUGGAUUCGAAUCCCUUUUUGAAAACCGGUUCCCGUUAUCAAAGCCACUAUACCGUAUUUUCGCGACCAUAGGGCGCACGGUAUUAAAAGGCGCUGUGUCAGUUACGGGUGCUAUUUCUGUAUUUAACGCAUAAAUAAGGCGCAGCAUAUUUUUGGGCCAGUGACGUGCGGUGAGGUUCAUGGCUGGUGAGGCACUGACUUCAUCACAGUCAGAUUUACAAACAUAUGAACCCUAAAGAGUAUCUUAUUCACCAUUUGAUUGGCAGCAGUUAACGGGUUAUGUUUAAAAGCUCAUACCAGCAUUCUUCCCUGCUUGGCACUUAGCAUCAAGGGUUGGAAUUGGGGGUUAAAUCACCAAAAAUGAUUCCCGGGCGCGGCGCCCCUGCUGCCCACUGCUCCCCUCACCUCCCAGGGGGUGAUCAAGGGGAUGGGUCAAAUGCAGAGGACAAAUUUCAUUACACCUAGUGUGUAUGUGACAAUCAUUGGUACUUUGACUUAACUUUAACUUUACACAUACAAACUGUAGCACACAAAAAAGCAAAUUUAAAUAAAAAAAAAACUUUAUUAUGGUCUUACCUUUACUUAUAAAUGAAGUCCAUGCGCCGCUCCUUCUGAACAAAAGCAUCAAUAACUUGUUUAUAGAAGUCUUCCUUAUCUUUCUUCAGUUUUAAAAGUCUCUCUGUCUCGAUGGAGAUAUUCCUUUAAUUAUUACCUCCUGCUUCGAUUGAAAGUCCAGUUUAGAAAACUGUUUUAUUUUAGAUAUGUAAUCCUCCAUGUUAAAAGUCCAGGCGAGAGGAAAAAAUAAACGACCGCUGCUAACUGUUGCUGCUUGUUGUCACUUAUUCUGCAGCCGAGUAGUCGCAGAAAUGAUCCCUGGGAUCACUAGCACCCUCUACCACCAUGAGGCGGGAUUACUGCAAGCCUCAGCCAGUGCAUCUUCGCAGCCGUUUUAUGAUUGCUCAGCACAAGAAAUACGUUACACACAUACAGUUGUUGACAAAAUACACUGUACAUUAUAUACUGUACCUCAGCUACCUAAACUAUGGAAAUGUAUAAUAUAAUUCAUAUAGCAAUACGGUCUCACUGCACAGCAGGCCAGCAGUUAGCCGAGUCAUUGCGCAAUCCAUGGUGAGGCUCAACUGGCUGGUGACUCACCGCAAGUCUCUUUUCAGUAUUUGAACGGCAAAUGUGAAAAUUCAGCGAUUUUGAAUAAAAAUAAUCUAAAACUAGUGAAGUUAAAUGGAAAAUAACUUUAUAGUAUAAUCACUGGAUACAUAUAACAAUUUAAUUUUUUUUUUUCUUUUUACAUUUUUUUUCUUUCCAUGAUGGCACGUGAGGCCCCGCCUCACCUGCCUCCCCUGACUGCACAUCACUGUUUUGGGCGCAGGCAUGGUUAAACAUACGCUAGCUUAAAACAUACGGUAGCAUGCAUGGACGCUAGGGGUGUAACGGUACGUAUAUUUGUAUUGAACCGUUUCGGUACGGGGGUUCCGGUUCGGUUCGGAGGUGUACCAAACAAGUUUCCACACGGACAUAUGAAGUAGCCGCCUAAGCUAAAGUCUUAACAAGCUGCUCUGCUUUCUGCCUCCUACACAGCACCCAGCAUUGUCCCACACACACAACCAUCUGAUUGGUUACAACCAUAGCGGUAACAGCCAAUCAGCAGUGCGUAUUCAGAGCGGUAACAGCCAAUCAGCAGUGCGUAUUCAGAGCGCUUGUGGUAGGGUUAGCAGAUAGGUGUUUAGCAGGUGAGCAUCAGGCAGCGGACUCUCCCCAUAUUAAAAUAAACACCUCCCAGUCAACUACUAGUAACAUCACUAUGAGCCCGUUGACGUUCUAGAAACAAACUGCAUUUCAGCUCGCUCGCAGUCCUGGCUUGAGGUGAAGGCUUAUUAGCUUUUAGCGUAACGUUAGCUCAUUUUGCGGUGUGUGUGUGUGUGUGUGUGUGUGUGUGUGUGUGUGUGUGUGUGUGUGUGUGUGUGUGUGUGUGUGUGUGUGUGUGUGUGUGUGUGUGUGUGUGUGUGUGUGUGUGUGUGUGUUAGCUCAUUGUGAGGUGUGUGUGUGUGUGUGAUAAAAAUCAACUACAGGCUUCCCAAAUGCUGUAAUAAAUUAAGCAUGAUGACUUGACUUGAAACUGUUUAAUGUUGCCCUUUUUAUAUGUAGAAGAAAAGUUUUGUCAUUUUAUUUAAUCUGAGCAACAACUUGAGGCAGUUUAAUGUUGAUUAACGUGGGCAGAAUUAUUAUAGUGUUCCUAAUGUUAAAAGGAUAAAGCCAUUGUUUACAAAUUUGGUAAAUAAAUAACCAAAAAAUUUACAUAUUUUGUUGUUUUCUUACUGUACCGAAAAUUAACCGAACCGAGACCUCUAAACGGAGGUAUGUACCGAACCGAAAUUUUGGUGUACCGUUACACCCCUAAUGGACGCUGUUUUAAAAAGGCAGCAGGAGCAAAGCUGAGUUUGGUUGUACUUUAUUGAAGUAUUUAUCAAUAUACUCACAUUAUUUUUUGAUCAAUCCUCAUCCACAAAUCCAUCAAAGUCCUCAUCUUCUGUGUCCGAAAUGAACAGCUGGGCAAGUUCUCCAGCAAACACGCCGGAUUCACUCACAUUUUCAAAGUCAGUCUCGUUGUCCCUUAGCAUAGCAAGCUAGCACAACAGUAAAAGCCGACUUCUCUUGCCCCGUUGUGCGUAUGGAUUCGCUACCGUGCUGGUCCCCUUCUGGAUGUCGAAAGUGAGCGGCACCUCGUCCAUGUUGGUGAUGUGUUUGUCGGCAAUUUUUUUAUGUACAACGCACAUAGCAGCACUAUAUGCUCACUGGGGGUGUGCCUUUAGCGUCCUCUCUCAACUGAAACCUUCACCCUAUAACGGCCGCAUGCUGUCCUCAGUCACGUCCGCUUUUCUUCCAUAUAAACAGCGUGCCGGCCCAGUCAUAUAACACCUAUGGCUUUUGGAACACUCAGUGCACACACAACAACCUACUGUAUCUGGAUUCGAUAAGAGAUUCGAUAAGGACUCGGUUCGAUAAGAGGAAUUGAUAAUGGGCUUGAACUCGAUAAUUUCUUAACGAACAUCAUCCCUAGAUAUGAACUAACUCAAAAGGGCAAGAGCGGUUUGCGACAAGCAUAUUGUGGUGAUGUUAUGAGUUUUUCGACAUUUAAAACAGUUCAUUGUGGGUCUACAUAACAUGCAAUGGUGGUGCUUUAGUCCAAAUGUUGCAUAGAUUGUGUUUUACAGACCAUUUUCAAGGCGCUUUACAAGUUGCGUCAUUUUGUGGGUGGUCUUAUUUACGUGCUGAGGCCCUUCUCAAAGCCAAGCCCGCUUUGAUUGCGUCUCCAUCACGUCAGCCAAGUUGUAUUUUUUUUGUCGCUUUCAUAAUCAAGUCUACUGACAGAAAUAAGUUAGAACAGUGGUUCUUAACCUUGUUGGAGGUACCGAACCCCACCAGUUUCAUAUGCGCAUUCACCAAAUCCUUCUUUAGUGAAAAAUAUAUAUUUUUUUUUUUUUCAAAUUCAAGACAAAAGUUAUAUGUUUUUUUACUGGUGCACAAAAUGAACCGUGCAUGAACAUCACCUUGUUCAAAGAACAAAACCAACAUAGUACAUGAACUCACAACAAAUUACACACCUGCAAAUCAGUUUGACUUCUGCUGUUGCCGUAUCCAUAAUAUGCAGAUAGGGAGAAGUUUUUAUGUACACGAUGAGUCGGGUGUGGCUUGAGGCUCCACCGAACCCCUGAGGCCGACUCACCGAACCCCUAGGGUUCGAUCGAACCCAGGUUAAGAACCACUGAGUUAGAACUAUAUGCUACUUUUUAUUUGAAAUGUCGAUGGCGGAGCAUUAUAGCAUGCAUGUAUGAGCCAUUCUGCCCCACAACAAGAGGAUGGAGGAAAAGAAGGAACUUUAAUGACUGCAACUUUGGAAUACAACUGAAUAAAAAUUGCGGACUCGAGCAAAGCUCAAAAAGGUUUCUCUAAGCUUACAUAUGGUAGGAUACAACAUAACAUGAAUUCAGUCCUGCACAUGUCUCACAUUUUUAUUGAGGAGUUUGCAACAAUAAUACACACUUCUAAGAAUAUGACUGCCCUUGGAACUUUUUCCACGAAUGUAAAUAGUAACGUAGAUCCCACCCACUUUAGUGAUGUUAAGAAAUGGCAGUGGCAUGCCCACCGUACUUGCUCUACCUUGCAGGUUAAAAAUAAAAGUGUGAAUAAAUAAUCAUAUUCAUAUUCAUGUUAGCAUUUACAAAAGCUAUCAAAUAGCGCUCUGUAGUUUACAACCAAUAAUUAGCGGUGCUCGCUGCCAGCUUGCAAUUAGCAGUGCUAUACUGUAUUGAGUAUCCUAGUAUUGCUCGAUAAAAAGGUACCUGUUGGAGCACAAUUUUAUACAGGUUGAGAUCCCCCUUCUGUCUGUCCAGGGCCGGCCCGUGGCAUCGGCCGUAUAGGCAAAUGCUAAGGGCGCCGUCCAUCAGGGGGCGCCACGCCAGUGCCACAAAUAUUGGAGGGGAAAAAAAAGUUGGUACUAUUAUUUCUAAAUACAUAAAAUAAUCCCACGUUAAUUAAAAUGCAAAGUAAAGCCUAUUUAAUAGAAAUAUUAUUUGUUACAACAUUACGCCCCCCCUCCCCCGGCACGGUGCGCCCCCUCCCUUCCCGUAUCAUGACUCUUUUUGGACGUCACCACAUAAAAAAAUCAACACAAGAUGUCAAAACGGCCAAAACUGUCAGGUGCCCAGGGAAGAAAAAAGAGAAAAGAAGAGGAGAAACGAGAAAAAGACAGAGGUAGCAGGUAGGUAACGUUAGCCUACAUGAAAUUAUUUGUCUUUUACAGAAUGUGAUAGUAACCUGGCUUUUUAGCAUUAAGCUAAUGUUACAUGAUUCGUCAAUUGCUAAUCAAUAAAUAGCUAGUUCUGUUUUAACGUCGGGUUAAUAUUGUGGAGGGGGCUAAAUUGUUAUGGAAAAUAAUAAUGUAACGUUAGGUAAUUACAGUACUCCCUGGUGUACAGUAAUUUGUAAGUCAUUCUAGUUAAUGCAAUAUUAAAAAGCACAAAUAGAGAACUCUGUAGGAUCCCCUUUUUUUUGUAAUAUAGUUGUUAAAGUCAUACUGGUUUGAUAUCUUGUUUUGUGCAGUGCCUUAUUUAUAUUGUAUUUUUAAUGUAUUUUAUGCAACUUGUUGACACAUUUUAUUUUGUGUUUAUGUAUGUAAAAAUAUUGUAUUUCAUGUAUUCAUUUUUUAUUUUUUGUAUUGAUUUAUUUAUCCAUAUUUUUUUUAUCUUGUUAACUAUUCUGAUUGUUAAUUUGCUUUCUUUAAGUAAAAAAAAAGGUCAAAGAUAAAGCUAUUCGGUUUCUUGUGAGUAUAUACACUUCACUGCCGAUGUGGGGGGGCGCCACCUAAAAUCUUGCCUAGGGCGCCAGAUUGGUUAGGGCCAGGCCUGUGUCUGUCUCACCACUAGUUUUGUGGUUCUUGAGAGAGAGCGGUUAAUAGGAUGCCACCUUCGCUGAAUCCUUAGGACCAAUAACUGUCUCAUUGGACAAUUGAAAUCUAGUAAGACAAGCGUGUAGCACUCCUGCAUCAUAUCCAUGCAUGAUGUUUUCAACGUGACUCACUGUCACCACACUUGAUGGGUACACCUGCAAUUUACACUUGCUAUUCAGCUUUGGAGAGUAAAAUUAGCUUGAACACAAAUACACAUCUAUGCAGUAUUUGGCUCUGCAGCCCUUACUGACAUAUUAAUGCUUCUCAAAGUAAAAAUGGGAUCAAAGCUUUUCGAUACUUUGGGUAGUCCUUGAAUUUCCUCUUGUAAAACCUACAAAACAGCAAAGUAGACACUAUCACUCAGUUGGUAUGUCGUAUACUUAGCAUAUACACAGUACAGGCCGAAAGUUUGGAUACAACUUCUCAUUUCAAUUUUUUUCUUUAUUUUCAUGACAAUUUACAUUGUAGAUUGUCACUAAAGGCAUCAAAACUAUGACACCUGUGAAGUGAAAACCCUUUCAAGUGACUACCUCCUGAAGCUCAUCAAGAAAAUGCCAAGAGUGUGCAAAGCAGUAAUCAGAGCAAAGGGUGGCAAUUUUGAAGAAACUAGAAUACAAAACAUGUUUUCAAUUAUUUCACUUUUUUUGUUAAGUACAUAACUCCACAUGUGUUCAUUCAUAGUUUUGAUGCCUUCAGUGACAAUCUACAAUAGUCAUGAAAAUAAAGAAUUCUCAUUGAAUGAGAAGGCGUGUUCAAACUUUUGGCCUGUACUGUAUAUUGGUCCAGCCUGGGGCUCGAUCCAGUGAUUGAGAGAUGGAAGCACAAGCCAAUGAGCUAAAAGCCUGAGUUGUUGUAUAGCGCAACUCUUUCGGCGUCAGGGAGUGAGGUUUACCAACACACUCUACAUACAGUGUAGUACAGUUAAAGGGGAACUACACGUUUUAUAGAAUUCUGCCCCUCGUUCACAAUCCUUAUGUGAGACAAGAACGCAUGUCUUUCCCUUUGCUGUGUAUUCUGAUUAUUUAAAAAACUGGUGAUGGGAUUUAUCUAUUCUGCCUUUAAAGCCCUCUAAACAACACACAAAAACCUCCAACAUUGUUUUAUAUACAUCCUAUAAAUAUGUACAGUAUGUAAUGUAAUUGUUCUUUCCAUUUCGACAUAAAUAAUGCAUGCACUGCAGGCAAUUACAUAUCUUUUCAACUUUAAUAUUAUCUAAUUAUGCACAAGUGUCAAACACAAGGCCCACAGCUGAGCCACCACGCCAUUUUCUGUGGUCAACAAAUAUGAGAUGCCGAAUGUAAAAGUUCAGUCACACUUUUCUAGCAGAUAUAUGUCUCACAUUUAGCUCACUUUUUGCACAUUUAACACAAUAUUCUCACAUUGUCAUCAGACUGGAGGGGGGUCCCCACAUCUGCAGUCCAUUCCAAGGUUUCACAUUGUUCCCAUUGGGUUGAGUUCUUUCUAGCCCUGAUGUGGAAUCAGAUCCAAGGAUAUUGUUGUGGUUUGUGCAGCCCUUUGAGACAUUUGUGAUUAAAGGCUAAAUAAAUAAAACGAAACUGUUGCUGAGAGCAUCGUCUACCAAUUCAAACUCCUUGUGUGUUAAACGUUCUUGGCCAAUAAAUCUGAUUCUGAGAUAACACAGAGGAACUACUUUUCUGCUGUAGUGAUACAUUGCCUUGCUCCUCAUUCAUAACAACAAUCUGUGCUGACAAAGAAACAUAUGAACUACUAAGAUUAGACAACCAAAUGAUCUGUAAAGUCUAAGCUCACAUUUCAUCUUUUGUUUGUACACGGCUAGCUUGUCUGUGUAUACAGCUGUAAUAUCAUAUCAAGCAUUAUGUCCCCCUUAUGUCGUCUCUCGCGACGUCUGCCAUGAUUAGUUGUAGCAAACACAGAACAUGGAAAGAAUUUAUGGUAAUGCUUAAAAUGACCAAACUUCUGUAAAUAUUUCUUGUAAUCAUUAAUGUGUCUAUUACUACAUUACUUUCAUACCCACAGCAUGUAUAUGAAACCUCUGAGGUUUUUGGAGUUAUUUUUAGAGGGCUUUAUAGGCGAAAUAGGUCCAUCCCCAUUACCUGUAUUGUUAGCCGCCUCUUGCUAGCAGCUUUUCACUAUUUCGGACGCACAGAAAAUAAUUUUUGUUUCAUCUGACCACAGAACUUUCCUCCGGAAGGUCUUAUCUUUGUCCAUGGGAUGUCAGAUGAAACAAAAAUGUUGCUGUUUUGACACAAUAGCCAGCAAUAUGUGAAAAGGUGAGGCCUUUAAUCCUAGGAACACCAUUCCUAUCGUCUCCUAUCGUCAAGCAUGGUGGUGGUAGUAUUAUGCUCUGGGCCUGUUUGGCUGCCAAUGGAACUGGUGCUUUACAGAGAGUAAAUGGGACAAUGAAAAAGGAGGAUUACCUCCAAAUUCUUCAGGACAACCUAAAAUCAUCAGCCCGGAGGUUGGGUCUUGGGCGCAGUUGGGUGUUCCAACAGGACAAUGACCCCAAACACACGUCAAAAGAUGUAAAGGAAUGGCUAAAUCAGGCUAGAAUUAAGGUUUUAGAAUGGCCUUCCCAAAAGUCCUGACUUAAACAUGUGGACAAUGCUGAAGAAACAAGUCCAUGUCAGAAAACCAACACAUUUAGCUGAACUGCACCCAUUUUGUCAAGAGGAGUGCUCAAAAAUUCAACCAGAAGCUUGUGGAUGGCUACCAAAAGCACCUUAUUGCAGUGAAACUUGCCAAGGGACAUGUAACCAAAUAUUAACAUUGCUGUAUGUAUACUUUUGACCCAGCAGAUUUGCUCACAUUUUCAGUAAACCCAUAAUAAAUUCAUAAAUGAACCAAACUUCAUGAAUGUUUUUUGUGACCAACAAGUAUGUGCUCCAAUCACUCUAUCACAAAAAAAUGAGAGUUGUAGAAAUGAUUGGAAACUCAAGACAGCCAUGACAUUAUGU